UCCCGGUCCUCCAGGUGGCUUAUCGGUCUGCUAUUUAUAAGGUGGGUAGAGAAGUUGGGUUCUAGUGUCUCUGAAGAUUCGCCAUGGAAACUAGCACCAUCAUUCUGUGGGUUAUAUCAACUUGGGCAUCAUUAACAGCAGUCUCGGCUUUCAACUGGACCGUGUCGUCCCCAGCAGACGGGAGUGUGAUUCCAUCAUGUCCAGGGGACAACGUGACCAUUCCGUGGGAUUUCGUGCUGGGUCCCGGAGACAGUUUGCUUAAUGCCGAAUGGUAUUUCCAGCAAGAAGGGGGUCACCCGAGUCUCCUAGCAACCUUGGUAGCAGGAAACUACCUCAUGGCGCCAACAACAACUCAAGAAUUGUCAUUUCUGCCUACUGUUGGUCUCCGGGUGUCCCGGGUGCAGCAAGACCAGUUUGGUGUCUACACGGUGCACGUCAACAUCAACAAAGGUGGCGCCAGCGACACGGAAACGCGCAGCGUCACCAUCAGUCGUCCAGAACUUCCAUCUGCGAUUGGCGGACACCUGACAGCGCACGUGCAGCCCAGGGCUGUCUAUCGGGAGGACACGAAGCAGUGGCACGUGCAACUGGAGUGUGGGACACUGCUUAACAUCGGGACCCACCCUUCACUGUUCUGUGGACGACUACUCGCGAGGAGACAGUCAGCAGCUCCUCGUACAGCAACGGUACCUUCUACCUGACCCUGCCCAACCCCGUGGAGGGCGGCGACUACACCUGCUCGCUGAACAGCACUCACCACACCACUGCAUGUCUGAACCUCAAUCCUGCGCUGGUCAACGGGGCGGCAGUGAAGGUGGACUCGGCGCAGGCGCAGUUCGCGGUGCUGGAGGGCCGCCUGGAGGCGCUGCAGGAGGAGAACAGGGAACUGCGGCAGACGGACAGAACAUUGCAGCAGCAGGUCAACACGCUGCAGGAGCAGAAUGCAAACCUUACAUCCCAGCUUCAGGGUCAGCAGCUGAAUCCUGGCACAGGAGCGGGCCACACUACCUCCGGCAGCGCCGUGGUGCGUCUGGCAGAUGGCAGAUGGCCCUGGGAGGGUCGCUUGGAGGUCAGCGUCAACGGGACAUGGGGAACGGUCUGCGACGAUGAUUUCAACUCUUAACGCAGCUCGUGUAGUCUGCAGAAUGAUGAACAUCAAUCGCACAACACCUGUGUUACUCCACAUCGGCACCAACUACCCUGCCGGCGAAGGUCCUAUUCAAUUAGACAACGUCGUUUGUAACGGAAACGAAGCCAGCAUCUUCGCCUGCGCCCACAACCCUGUUGGGACGAGUGACUGCAGUCACAACGAAGACGUUGGACUCAGCUGCUGGCCCUAGUUUUGUGUGGCAGCCUGCUCCACACGGCGUAGAUGAUCACCUACACAGUUCAUGAGCAUAAUGGUUCACAGAGCCUCGUCUGGGAAAUACUAAAACCAUUAUUGCUUUCUAAAUAAUGUAUAAGUUUACGAAAAUCAAUAUUUAUUUAGAUACUUGAAUAUUGAUUUAUGAUGUCAUCUUUGAAAUGAAAUGGAGUUUAGUAGCUUAAUAUUGGUUAGGUCUUCAGCUUAGGUGUGGAUUGAGCGUCUCAUGCAGUAUUGUUACAAGGAAGUUGUCUUCAUCUCGGAGUUGUUUCUUCAAUAAAGAUAAAUACAAGA